CUUGCUUGUACGAAUUCACAGUGUUCGAAAUUUCUUUAAGCAAUUUUUGUGUAGUUUUCGACGUUCUAAUUUUGGGUUUUCACGGUUUUAAUUCAUCAAUGGCUAUAGCAUUUCACAACCUAAACUCGGAUGCUGGGCUCAAUAAUCUGGAUGAGUACCUCUCAACUCGAAGUUACAUCACAGGGUAUCAAGCCUCGAAAGAUGAUAUUAUUGUGUAUGCAUCACUUGCAAAACCCCCGUCUGCUGAAUAUGUGAAUUUAUCACGUUGGUACAACCACAUUGAUGCUCUUCUGAGGAUUUCUGGGGUAUCUGGUGAAGGUUGUGGUAAUACAUAA